UUUCGAAGUUUAGAGACAAGCGGACCAAAUAAUCAUCUUCCAUUGGCUCCGGUUCCAAAUCACUGUCCCUUUUGACUAUCUUCAGGCGCGGUUCUUCUUCUUGGCUAAUGUAGAAGUCGAGCUUUUUAAUCUUGAGGCCAUCGGGUGUCUCUUUAGCUGUGGGUCGCAGUUUGGUGCUCAACAAGUCCCGCAGAUUUCUCGUGGAGGCUGCUCUGUCAUGGUUAUAAAAUUUGGCUGUGGCAAGAGAUGCUCGCUGGCUUCGUCGUCCUAGAACACUGAGCACACGAGCAUGAACUUCUGCCUGGUUUGCGGGGUCAGAAUCUACGCUGCCGUCGUCCAUGCUCAUUUUUCUCAACCCGAUAUACUGAAAGAGAUGAUACGAUCCUGAUCAGAUGUAGUGGAUUCUUGUUUCUGUCGUUCGCCGGGCACAAACAUUUAAACGUCUUGUGGUCAAGAAACAUCUCAGAACUAGUUGCCAUUUGCGCGGGGCGAACGAUAGAAAACUGAACCGUCGCACCUCUGUAUCUUCAUUUCUCUGACGAUCCCGUGAAAGUUGUAACUUCUGGACAGUGGAGAGGAAGAUCAUGCAGCCAGCCAUUGAAGAUCUAAAGUGGCUGAGGUUUGAGGAUGUCGUGCCAAAGAUAUGGGUCGGAGGGCCACAACAAACUCUAGUGAAGAUAAAUCGUGACCUUUGGCACGCAGAUGUACACAGGAACGAGUUUCCUGUGCUGUGGAUGCAGUGACCGAACAUCACCGUAACAGAGGCUCUUUACAAGCUCAGCUGACGAAUCAGUGAGGAUGCGAACAACUCCAGAGGGGACGCAUUUUGCUGCUGCAGACCUGUAAACUACGCAAAACCCUAAAUUGAAGAAAGACGGAAGGAAAUAAUUCUCACUGCACUACAGCCAUUCAUGGCGACCUCUCGGCCGAUGUCUGCGAGCAGUCAAAGCCUCGGCCCUGACAACAAAGUCCACGACGAUUUGUCCGACAUUUCUACGCCAAGGUCACAAGGCAGUGAUGGAGGAAGAGCCCAAGAAGCUUUCGACGUCCAAGACCUUCCGGCGUCGAGAGGAGGAGACAGGGUGAUGAGCAGGAGGUCAGGACAACAAGCAACAACUGCGGACAUAUUUGGACGUCCUCCAUCACCGUAUCAUUCAGCGACAGGAAGGCUAAGCUCAGCAUCUGCUAAUCUUGGAAGUGCUGCUCUACAUGAUACGUUGGGCCCAUGCUCUCAAAAUUACUCACAAACUAUGCUUCAUCACGAUAUACAUGGUGCCUUUGAAGCUGAAGCAGCUUCUCUUUCUGGGAAGCAGCGUUCGUGUCUGAUGGAAGCAGCGUUCGUUCACAAUUUACAUAUGAUGUCGUCCAACAUGGAACAUCUUCAGGUAAAUGAUGAAAUAAGAGGUCUUUUUGACUACAUCGGCGCAUACAAGGUUCAAGAAGUCGAGAUAAGCACUACACUGAAGCCUUUCAUUCCUGAAUAUAUCCUAGCGGUGGGUGCCAUUGAUGAAUUCAUCAAGGUUCCACGACCAGAUAAUCAGCCAGACUACCUUGGUUUAAAGGUAUUGGAUGAGAGUGGGACCAAACAAAGUGAUCCGGCAGUGCUGACGCUUCAGCUGCGUGCGGCCUCCAACCAGACCGAUCUGCUUCAGCUUGAGAUUUCAUCCGUUGAAUACGCAGAGAAAAACCCCAGAAAGCUGGAUGCCUGGAUCAACAGCAUAAAGGACUUGCACCAAUCAAAGCCCCCGCCGACUGUUAUCUACUCUAAACCGAUGCCGGACGUCGAGAAACUUAUGCAAGAAUGGCCCGCAUCCAUAGAGAACGAGCUUGCUGAAAUCCAGCUCCCAACCGCGAAAUUGGAUGUGGAUCUGGCUACAUUUGUGGACAUCUGCUGCUCAGUCCUCGACAUACCUGUAUACAAGAGUCGAGUGGAGUCUUUACAUGUUAUGUUCUUACUCUACCUUGAGCUUCGAAACAAUGCGCAUCAAUUCUCUUGUACUGCUAGCGACUGGCUGAGCAACGGCAGACAAUGACUGAUGAGAAAUCAUGGCGGUGAGAAAUUAUUUUCCAAAAUUUUCGGGCGUUCGACUGAUUCUUUCUGUUCUGAGGUACUUCCCUGCCUGUCAGAAUAUAGUCCUGACCAUUCUGACAGGAGAACCUACAGAUGAUAGCAGUUGUAGAGGUCCCCACAUUCGAACCAUGGUUGCCUUCCUGCGAGAGCGGCAGUGGUGACUUAAGGCCACUCUGGCCACGACGGAAAUACCUCACCUGAUUGUCUUAUUGUUUCCUCAGAACUCCCAUCUUCUCGGCGGAAUGUCCCUCAAGAAUCCUGAGCAUUCUCUUCCCUUUCUCAUCCUAUCCAUGCACCUUGGUUCCUUCGGAACCAUAGACCGAUCAGAACAUACCACGGAGACCAUCCAGCAGGUAAAGUCUAUUGAGGUCCAUGUUGCGGGCAGAUUUGGUCUGCGUUCAGAACAAUGGACGGAUCCGGGAGCUCUGUUUUGCAUAUGAGCGACCAGAAUGACGAUUUGUUCUCAAAUUGGUCUGCUGCCUUCGACUCUUCCGACACUGACUCACAUGCCAGUAGAACAAGUCGUGCAAUUUAGAACCACCUCUCACAGCUUCCACAGACAUGAAGACAUCUUCGAAAAGGUGGUCAAAGCUUGUCAAAGGGAGGAAGAAAGGAAGGGUCGAAUCCCUUCUCCAAAGCUAGACAACUGCAUGUAUCUUAGGCUCAGAUUUGCCCUUCAGUUGUCUUCAUUAAUUCCUCCGCACGUGGAAGAGGAAUCUCUUCGACGAGUUAGGCUGCUUUGCUUUGCUCCCAAUAUAUAAAUCAGUCCUUUCUCUACUCGUGGUCCCCUGGUCUUGUCGGAC